GUGGUGAGUGAAGGAGCGUAUAUACUCCUGCAGUCAUUGCAGGGUGACGCAUGGGACGCCUGCGACGAGACAAGCUUCGAGGGGUUGGACACGCGCGAAGCAUUCGACGAUAUCUUCGACAAUGAAGACUUGCUGUACCGCUACAGGCACGAGGUGGGAUUGCACAGGAGGUGUGAUGCCUUUGGAGAGUUCUCGCGGCAGCCGAAGGAGACGCUCAAGGCGUACGUGCUGCGGAACGGCAAGGAGUUGACGAAGCUGCUCGAGGCAGGCUUGGAUUUGCCAGACCUGCUAGUCGUGACCGAGAGUCUCAAGACGAUGUUCGGCGGCGACAGCGUGACGCACAAGAAGGACAUUGACAGAGUGCUGCACACCUACAAGGCGAAGCACAAGGAAGGCGAAAGCGACUGGGUGGAGGACACCUGGGAGGAUGCGGAGGAUGCAUGGUACGAAGACGACGAAGAUCCACAUGAGCAUUUUCAAGAAGGAGAAGACGAGUGGUACGAUGACGUUGGCUGGGAAGACGAAGUGCCCGAGGAGUUGGAGACGGCCUACGAGCUGGCGGCGAGGUCCAAAAAGAGUGAGCUGGCGAAGUCGAGAGGCUUCUACCCAGUG